AUGAAUUCUUUUGUGGCAUUCGUUCUGUUGUUAACUAUUUCUAAGGGUCUUUCGGACACAACGCAAACCGAAUCAAUCGAUUCUGUGGUUAACGGAGAGGACAUUAAUAUCAUCAAAGAGUCAGAGGAUGGCAGCGAUCCGACGAUUGUCUUCUCGGAGACCAUUAACAGCGCCACCAAAUUGCUGUACGACUUGGAUGUUCACGUCCAGCAGUUAGUUCCUGUCGACACUCCGGCCCCACCACCACAGGCGCCCGUCAGUGGCGAUGAGAUCGGAGGCCGGGACGACAGCACCACCACUCAGGAGGCGCCCACAUCCGAGCCCCAGAUCUACAGUGCCAUCAAUAGACACGGUGUCUGAGCUGCAGACCCGAC